UGUGUUCAUUACAGAACCAAUGAGUGGAUCAGACUGAGACCGUCUCCUCUCCUCCCAGAUGUCAAAGAGACCAUCCUAUGCCCCUCCCCCUCCCCCAGCCCCGACAACUCAAUUGCCCAACACUCCCGGGUUUGUCGGGUACAACCCAUACAGCCACCUGGCCUACAACAACUACAGACUGGGAGGGAGCCAAAGCAGCAACAGUCGGGUAACGAAUUCCUCUGGAAUAAACAUCCCAAAGCCACCAAAGCCCCCUGAUAAGCCAUUGAUGCCAUAUAUGAGAUACAGUCGGAAGGUUUGGGAUCAAGUAAAAGCCUCCAAUCCUGAUCUGAAGCUAUGGGAAAUUGGGAAGAUAAUCGGUGGCAUGUGGAGGGACCUCACUGAUGAGGAGAAACAGGAUUAUUUGAAUGACUACGAAGCAGAGAAGAUUGAGUAUAACGAAAGUUUGAAGGCCUAUCACAACUCGCCAGCCUACCUGGCCUAUGUCAAUGCCAAAAGCCGAGCGGAGGCGGCUCUGGAAGAGGAGAGUCGCCAGAGGCAGUCCAGACUGGACAAGGGUGAACCGUACAUGAGUAUUCAACCGGCAGACGAUCCAGAUGACUACGACGACGGGUUUUCCACAAAGCACUCGGCUGCAGCUCGUUUCCAACGCAACCACCGUCUGAUCAGCGAGAUUCUCAGUGAGAGCGUCGUCCCCGACGUGCGCUCGGUUGUGACGACGGCUCGCAUGCAGGUCCUAAAACGCCAGGUCCAGUCUUUAAUGGUACACCAGAGAAAGCUGGAGGCUGAGUUGCUUCAGAUUGAAGACCGCCACCAGGACAAGAAAAGAAAAUUCAUAGAAGCCACAGAGUCGUUCACAAAUGAGCUGAAAAGGCUGUGCUGUAUGAAGGUGGAGGUGGACAUGGAGAAGAUCUCUGCAGAGAUCGCUGCAGCGGAGGAGGCAGCCCGCAAACGCAUGGCAGAACGCGAGAAGGACGCAGGAGAGCGCGGCGCGAGAGAGGCCCCCACCUGCAUCUUAGCAGAAGAAGAAAAACACAUUUGUGCAACACAUGGCAACAAGUCCCAGCAAAACUCUGGCAGCGAUAGUAGCAACAAGGAAGGCCAGGACCCGGAAUCCAGCGCCACAGACGCACCAGGGAAGCCAAAGGUCUCAGAGGAGCUUGAGGCUCAUAGUGAGGAGGGGGCGUCAGAGGACAAGGAGAGCGUCCCAGAGGGAGCCAUGGAGGAAGGAACCAGUGACAGUAACACAGGCUCAGAAACCACCUCUGCACAGACAGAAGACGCCCCGACCAGUGAGCCCUCAGAGGGGCCCGGCAGAACCAGAACAGCCCACUGAGUCCAGCACGGCACCCACAGCACCCACCUGACUGUCAACUCUGUGAGGCUGUCGUGGCCCGUGGCCUUCCAUCCUCUGAUUAUAUAU